CGUCUUGGCGGGCGCUUUGGUGAACAGCAACUCAUGCCCAACGACUAGGUAUAUAAAUGGCCGAAUGGCCGUAUAGUUAUUCAACUUUUCAGCAACACCAUCCAUUUCUGUUCCCUACCGCCAAGCCACUCAAUCAAUCACGAUGGUCAAGUCCCUGAUCCAGCUUCUAGCAAUUCCCGCCCUCCUGGCGGGUCUCGUGCAAAGCCAUCCAAUGGACGUCAAGCGAGACCAGUACCCUGAUUGCCCUCUUAGGGUUGAGAUACCUGAAAACACCUUCUAUAACAUCGGAGACAACUGGGAGAUCAAAUGGGACCCGACAGGCAUCCCUGACGGCCCGCUCAACUUGAUCAUCCAAAGCCAAUUGGUCACGCCCUUUUACACAGGCACCUAUUACAAUCCCUGGACCGGGCAGUAUGUCGAUGACUACUCGUAUGAUUCGGCUUACGUUAGAAUUCCGGACCCUCUGGUUUCGUCGGGAGGCUACACCUGGCCGAUCUCUAUCAUCGGUCGAAGUAACCAUACCGGUCCGGAAUAUAGAUAUGCGGCUUACAUAUCGUAUACCGUGCUGUAUACUGAUCAUGGCGAUGUUAGCAAGAGCUGCUCGACACCCGAGUUCCAUGUUACGACCCCAGCUUAAACUCGGUCAAGCGCGGAAUGCAUGAGAUUAUCAGAUGUGAUGUUACUUGGAGGAUCAGGGCCGAGGAAAUAACUUCACCCUUACAUCACCACAUGUCCAGGAAUACCUACUAGACACAUACGGACCAUAUUCGCAACGCCUACCAACAGCCGCCACGUUGGCAAGAUACUAGUU